AUGCUGCAGCGCUAUCGAACAUUCAUCGAAGAAGUGCAGAGUUUAGAGAAGGGGUCUUUUUGUGAUUUGUUUGAACUCCAGCGAAAUAUCGGCGAUGUGCAG